CCAGUUCGGACUCAAGACUAGCAUUCUUAAUACUACGCCUCCCUGGCACUGAUUUGAGAUAGCUCCCAAGAGGAGCGAUCGCUAGAAAGCCGGGCACUGCUGCAAGCUAGCAGGCUAGCUGAACAGGUCAAGACAGCUUAACAUAGGUGCGCCCAAGAGGAAGCCAGCUCGGAACAUGGCAACCCCAGCCCAUGUUUCCAAAGUGCGCGCACUGUACAAGAGAAUCCUGCUCCUGCACCGGUUCAUGCCCCUAGACCUGCGCGCUCUGGGCGAUCAGUACGUCAAAGACGAGUUCAGGAGGCACAAGUCGGCAUCGCCCGAGGAGGUGAAGGGCUUUAUGGCGGAAUGGGAGAAAUACAGGGACACACUGCAGACCCAGGUCCUGGAGUCAGUGGGUGGGGGUGCGCAGGCCGUGACCUUUGGGGCCGACCUCCCCGACGAAAAGCUCAAGAACUUCCAGGACGAGCAGAUUGGUCAGCUGUAUGAGUUGAUGCUGGAGUCCACCAAACCCAACCGCCAGUUCCACAUCCAGGAGGACAGCCAGAAAUGAGGACACCGGGG